GGCGGAAGUGUUGUCCAGGCCGGUUCUGCUCCAGCGUGCAGCGCCGCGCUCAUUCAGACCCGCAUCGGUACCAGACCUGGACCCUGUCCCUCGUCUCCUCGUGUCUCCGUCGCCAUGGUGAAGCUAUCCGCGGAGCUGGUGGAGCAGGCGGCCCAGUACACCAACCCGGUGCGGGACCGGGAGCUGGACCUGCGCGGUUAUAAGAUCCCCGUGCUGGAAAACCUCGGAGCUACUCUGGACCAGUUUGACACCAUUGAUUUUUCUGAUAAUGAAGUCAGAAAGCUUGACGGCUUCCCUUUGCUGAAAAGACUGAAAACGCUGCUGAUGAACAACAACAGGAUCUGUCGUAUAGGGGAGAGUCUGGAGCAGUCGCUGCCGAGCCUGAGAGAGCUGGUUCUGACCAACAACAGCAUCCAGGAGCUGGGGGACUUGGACCCGCUGGCGUCAGUGAAGACCUUAACCCUCCUCAGUUUGUUAAGGAACCCGGUGACAAACAAAAAGCAUUACAGGCUUUACGUCAUCAACAAGAUCCCACAGAUCCGUGUGCUCGACUUCCAGAAAGUAAAGCUCAAGGAACGGCAGGAGGCGGAGAAAAUGUUCAAAGGCAAACGAGGGGCUCAACUAGCGAAGGACAUCGGCAGACGGGUCAAAACUUUCACUCCUGGGGUUGGGGCCCAGCCCGAGAAGAAGAAGGCGGGGUCGUCUCAGGCAGAUGUGGAAGCCAUCAAGAACGCCAUCACAAACGCCUCGUCUCUAGCGGAGGUGGAGCGGUUGAAAGGCAUGCUGCAGGCCGGACAGAUCCCCGGGAGAGAUCUCAGACAAGGUCCAGCGGGGAUAGAGGAGGAGGAGGAAGAGGAGGAGGAGGAGGAGGACACGGCUGGCGACGAGGCGAUGCGUAUGGAGCAGGGCUACGCUGAAGACAUGCCUGAUCAACAGCACCAUGAAGAUAUGGAUGAAGAACCACAUGUAAACGGAUCCUGAUCAUGCUUUUUUGUCCUUGUCCAUUUCUUGUUGCACAUAUUUACCAGGCUGUUUUCUGUUGUUUUUCUUUUUUUGUUAACGAUUUUUCUCAAAUAAUUUUCAAUCGGGCAUCGUUCUUUACAUUAAACUGAUUUCUAAUA